AUGGUUGGGAAGUCCCUGAUUGCAGGUCUGGUGGUCCUUGUGGUGGCCGCAGUGAGCCUGUUCCUGGGGGUGUUCAUGGGCCUGGGGAAGAAAAACACUCCCCCUCCCCUGGACCACUUCUACUCAAAGGCUGCUGUGGCUGCUGAUGCUGGAAAGUGUUCAGAAGUAGGAAGGGACAUUUUAAAGAAGAAUGGGUCAGCCGUGGAUGCUUCUAUCGCAGCCUUGCUUUGUGUCGGUCUUCUGAAUGCUCACAGCAUGGGCAUCGGAGGAGGGCUAUUUUUUGUCAUCUAUGACGCUGCCACAGGAAAGGUAGAAACCAUUGAUGCAAGGGAAACGGCCCCCAUGAACGCCACAGAAGACAUGUUUGGCAACAACACAAAGCUUUCCCGUACAGGUGGAUUGUCCAUAGCAAUUCCUGGGGAGAUCCGUGGUUACGAGAUGGCCCACAAGAGGCAUGGCAGGCUGCCAUGGAAGGACCUGUUUGAGCCAAGCAUUGCCUUGGCUCGAGAUGGCUUUCCUAUUGGAAAAGCUUUGGCUCAUGCUAUCUCCAAGAGCAAAGACUCCAUUGAAGGAGACGCCAACAUGUGUGAGGUGUUUUGUGAUUCUCAAAAAAACAUACUGAAGGAAAACGACAUUGUUAGAUUUCCAAAGCUGGCCGAGACGUACCAAAGAAUAGCAGAGGAGGGGCCUGACGUGUUUUAUAACGGGUCAAUGGCACAGAUCAUCGUCGAGGACAUCCAGGCAGCAGGAGGCAUUAUCACCCUGGAGGAUUUGUUGGAGUACCAGCCUGUGCUUAAUGAGAAUCCUCUCAAGCUGAACGUGGGGGAAUACACCAUGCAUGUCCCAGACGCCCCCUCCAGUGGCCCUGUGCUGGCACUCAUACUCAACAUAGUGGAGGGGUACAACUUCACAGGCACAAGUGUGUCAACAGCUGAGAAAAAGACUCUGACGUACCAUCGAAUCGUAGAGGCUUUUCGUUUUGCUUAUGCCAAGAGGAGCAGACUCGGGGACCCACGUUAUCUAAAUAUUACCGAUCUCAUCCUAAACAUGACCUCAGACUACUUUGCUGAUGGCAUAAGAAGUAAAAUUACAGACGACACCACCCACCCAGACAGCUACUAUGAGCCGGACUACUUUGUCCCAGACGACCACGGGACGGCUCACCUGUCGGUCAUAGCUGAGGACGGCAGCGCUGUGGCGGCCACCAGCACCAUUAAUUUAUACUUUGGUUCCAAAGUCAUGUCGAGAUCAACUGGAAUCAUUUUCAACGAUGAAAUGGACGACUUCAGUUCGCCACACAUGACCAACGGGUUUGGGAUCCCUCCAUCACCAAACAACUUCAUUCAACCAGGCAAAAGGCCGCUGUCUUCCAUGUGUCCUACUAUCAUCUUCGACAAAGAAAACAAAGUCAAAAUGGUUGUAGGAGCGUCUGGUGGUACAAAAAUCACCACAGCCACUGCAUUAGUCAUCCUGAAUUCCUUGUUCUUCAACUAUGACCUAAAGAAAGCUGUGAACGAACCGCGUGUUCACAAUCAGCUCAACCCAAAUAUGACAGUCGUGGAGCAGGGCUUUGAAAAGAGUGUUCUGGAAGGUCUGGUCCAGAAGAACCACAUCACGCAGCUGCUGCCGACUCCAGACUCUGUGGUCCAGGCGGUGGUGCGGCAGGGGGAGCGUCUCUGUGCGGAGUCCGACCCCAGGAAAGGAGGCUAUCCAGCGGGAUACUGA